CCAAAUUGAGAACUUUAAUGUAAAUUUGAAAAAAAGUUCUACAAAUUAAUAAACAAACCCACUUGAAUCCUUGCAUAAAAUAUGCGAGAUGUACCAGUCACCUCUCUCAUAAACAAAAGAUAUUGGUGCCUCUCUUGGCCAGUGCAGCUUCUCUCAUUCCUUCUUCUCCAUUGUUUUCAAAGCUCAUCACAGACCAGUCCUUUGGGUCCCUUAGAUGUCAUUCUCCCCAGGCUCGAGAUUUGAACUCACUGAAGACAGCUGGCAAUCCUCUGAGUCCCUCCUCACUUCAUUUGCCUUUCCAUUUCCUAUUAACCAUUUCUCUUCUGCCCUUUUUUACUCACAUAUCUUCCAGGGAGCCAUCCUUGCGGAGAUGCAAGUAGCUGCUCCCCAGCACCUAUCCCAGCAGCCCCAGCUACUGAAGACUCAGAAGGAAAGAAGGCUCUGGCCACCCUGGUCCGUGGCUCUGACAAAUGGCUCAGGACGAGAAACUGCGAAGAUUUUAUUAGUGCAGAUGACCCAGCAGCAGAAGGGGCUUGAAGACUUUCCCUCUGACACCCGGCUGAGACCUCUUACAUGGGUUGUCUUCCAUUAAUGGAAUGUGAAGUCUCAUUUCCAGAGCUUGGCACAGUCCCUGGCACAUGGUAAGUCCUCAAUAAACACUUUUUCUUCCAUUCGUUCAUUGACAUCUGGAAGAUCCCUGUAGCUCCCUCUUCCUCCCCAGUCUGAAGGUCAUUUUCCUUGGUAGAGAAAGCCAGCUUGGACCACACCAUCUUGCCCCCAAAGUCCUCCUGCCCUGUAGCCGCUGCAAUCACUGAUCCACUCCCCCACCGCAGCCCCUCCAAGUCCCAUGAGGAUCCCACCACCAACUGGCCCUUGUGGUUCUCUGCACCCAGGCUGAACUCUGGCUCGCCAUUCUUGGAGGGACGCUCAGUUGCUAAGCAGCCCAGGACGGGUGACUUGAUUGGAAUAAAAUCAAAACUAUGGAAUGUUUCUUGGACUUGCAAGGAAUCUGUGAGUUUUCCCUUGUGUCCUCGUGCAUGCCAGAGCCAAUAGUCAAAUGCCUUUGCCUACCAGGCCUCCGUUUCUGCUCAGGAAAAGAAGGGAUCUGACCUCUAAGGUCCCUCCAACCCCAACUCCAUGUAGAUGGUUGCGACUGGAAGGCCUCUCCCAGCUCCAACCCUCUGGUCCAAUGAAGUGGUGGGAAGGCGCUUGUGAAAUGGUCCUGCCUAAUGACUAGAGCUGGAGGUAAAUCUGCCCCAAAGCCCGAGUGGCCGGGAUACUUUUGUCAUUGGAAAUGUGGGGAGGAAAUGGAGGUUUGAGGACAAGAGCUGGUGCGGUUGGUGGCUGGCCAUUCGUCAUGGCCGUGGGCUUUGUCCAUCAGUGCCCAUUUUGCCAAUAAGAGGACGGGUCCAGAGCCAGAACUUCCAGACACAACAGAGAAGCCAAGUGACCAGGAGGCAGGAAGAGCAAAGCUUAGAGAGCAGCCUGGUGUGGCCGUGUGGCCCAGAGGGUAAAAGCCACAGGCCUAGGAGUUGGCAAAGGCCCUUCCCCUCAGGAGCGGAGUACUUUGCUGUCAUUUCUUGAAUGCAACUAUAAAAGAACAUGUGUGUUGCAAUUGUGUGUGUACAUACACAUGCAUGCACACACACGUAAGCCACCUCUCCCUAGUAGACUCCAGGAGAUCAGGAAUAUCUUCUUAUUUAACCUUUGGGCUGUCCCUGGUACCAAGCUCAGGGACUGAGGGUGGAGGAAAAGGGCAGAGAGUCAAUCAAAUGGCAAUCUUAAAGCACCUACUCUGUUCCAUUCUAAAGCUGGGCAUUCAACAAAAGGCAAGGAACCUGCCCUCCAGCUCACAGAGCAGAGCAUUCCUCAAGUGGAAAGUCCCUCUGCUAAAGCAAAAGUAAACCAGUAAUUCACAUGUGAUAAAAUCUUAGAAAGUGGCCCUGGGGGGCAUUAAGAGAUUAAGUGACUUACCCAGGGUCACACAUUUGGGGGAGGCAUGUCUGGAAGCCAGGUCUUCCCAACUCCAUCCCAGAAGCCAUCAGCAAUAGCCAAGCAAGCAACUUGUGUCUUUUUAGGAAGUCCCAUGCAGAGGGACAGUGGGGGGACUUGCUAUCCCUUUCCGGCCCAGGUGCUUCCUCUAUGUCUCUAUUUAUGAAUAGAAGAGCCCACAGAUCCCAAAGGGAAAACAGAGGCCCGAGGACAAGGCCAGCCAAACUUGAACAUUUAUAUCCCAGGCAGGGAGGUCAGAGGGGACUCCCGUCACCAGUCUGCACUGGUCUAUAUGUGAACCACCAUCCCCUUCUAGCACUGCCAGGGAAUGACCAUCUGACUCAAGGAUGGAAGACCUCCGCUAGCUCACUGGUCCUUGGGACAGCUCAGAGUAUGAUGCGGUUUUCCCUGACAUCCAACCGACAGCUUCCUUUGGAUGGCUUCCACCUCUGCUCCUAGACUGCCUUCUGGGGCUGAGCAGAAAAAGGCCGACUGCUCCCUGCCCCAUAUGGAAUUCCUUCAAACACUUUGAAGACUGCUGCUAUUUGUCCCACAGCCUGCACCUUCUCUGACUUAAUAUCCCCUUCUCUAGGGCCCUUUCACUGAUUGGUGAUGGAGUAUGAGCAGACUGACCCAUUUAGGUGACUUUAUUGACUGACUGUCCUAGACAUCAGACCCACACCUUCCCUCCAUCCUCUGCAACAAUCUAGUCCUCCACUCUGGCUGUCUCACCAUUUUGUCCCCAUAGUACAAGUAGACUUGAGCAGGUAGGUGGCACAGUGGAUAGAGCAAUUGCAGGGAGGUAGGAAGACUCAUCUUCUUCAGUUGAAAUCUGGCCUCAGACACGUAACAGCUAAGUGGCCCUGGGCAAGUCACUUCACCUUGUUUGUCUCAGUUUCCUCAUCUGUAAAAUGAGCUGGAGAAGGAAGCAGCAAACCAUGUAUCUCUGCCAAGAAAACCCCAAGUGGCGCCAUGAAGAUUCAGACACAACUGAAAAAUGACUUAGCAACAACAAAGGACAAGUGUAGUGACUCCACUGUUAUGGAUAAAGAAAAUAUUAGAGAAACGUCAGUGGAUCAUCCCCUUUUUUGUCCUUUUGUCUUUCUUCUAGGUUCAUCCUACAAGGAGAUGAUCUGGCUCAAAUCAUUGGGCUCCAUGCCAACCUUUCUGCAAAAUCACUUUUUACUCCACCAUUCCUUGUUGUUUUAAGUCAGGGUUAUUCAUGAUUUCACAAUUUUAUUCUUCCAUGAGAUUUUGCCAAUCAAUUUAUAUUCUAAAUUGGUGUCCCCUGUUGGCUGCUAUAUCUCUCCACUUGGCAAGGGGACAAGCAUUUGCUGGUUGGUUUCUAGGUUCUGUUGGCCUGCUUGUGAUGGAAACUGCAGUAGCCGGACUCUGUAAAUGGUGAUAGUCUCCAUUGUUAUCUGUUACUUUAUCCAUUUCCCAUGUUCAGAAUCUCAUUUAAGUGGGUCUGGAUUGACCUAUUUUAUGGUUUUUAGAGCUAUUUAGAGCUAGAAGAGAACUCCGAGGCUACCUGGUCCAGUUCCUUAUUUUACAAAUGAGGUUAUAGAGUGGCUUCCUCAAGGUAGUACAUUGGUGAGGCUUGGAUCAGAACUCAAACUUCUGACUCAAAGCCACUGUUUCCAUCCUACUCUGCUACUUUCUUUAACAUUAAGCCCCAUUUCCUUAUCUUUGUUAUUUUCUACAGAUUCUUUUAUCUCUAAUCAAUUAAGGGUCUAACUGCAUGCAGACUACUUUUCCUAUUUCUUAAGAUGCUGGCAGCUAGCUAGGUGGCUCAAGAAAUAGAAUGCUAAGCCUUGAGUCAGGGUUCAAAUCUGUCUUCAGACAUGUUCUUGUUGUGUGACCCUGGGCAAGUCAUUUGACUCUAGUGGCCUAGCUCCUACCACUCUUUCUUUGGAGUGAUAUGUGCUAUCGAUUCUAAGACAGGAAGAUCCCUUUAAAAAAAAGACAUUGGUUUUACUUUAUCUGGAAGAAGGGAGGUAUUAUGACAUUUAUUUAUUGCCUGGAUUCAUUCUGGAUUGCCUUAUCAAAUGCUUUGUAGGAUUCCUUUACCUUCCACCCUUGGCCCUAGAUGUUGAAGUCUAAGCUAUGAUAAUCUUCAUUUAGAACACUGCAUCUCAGGUGACUUCCUCCUUGAUGUCUGCAAUGCGCAUCUCCCCCUAGUCUUGAGCUUUUUUCAAAGCUCAAAUGCCACCUCCUCUUUGCAGUCUUCCCUGAUUUCCCUCUGCUGCUAGUGCCAACUUCCCAGAUACUGGGAUUUGCUUUGUGUCUUGUUCACACUUACAUCUCCGUAGACAUUUUCCCUCCUCCAGAGAACACUGGGCCCAUUUCCUUCUUGUCUUUUCAUCUCCCCGCCUAGAAUAUUUACUCUGGGCUUGCUGAUUGCCUGAAUUAUCUUCUUGGUGGUCUUUUCAAAUGAGUCAUUAAACACUGAAUAGACCAGCUUCCUUAGAGAGGAUUUCCGUCUCCAUUCAUUGCAAGGACUUGUGUAAAAAUCACAGCUUUUGGAUUUCGGGGUUAGCUGGGCAGCUCAUUCACUUUCCCCCUCACCUCUCUGAGGCAGCUGGACCGGGAGACCAUCCCAGCUGUGUGACCCUGGACAAGUCACUGAAUCCCCAUUGCCUAGCCUUUGCUGCUCUCCUGCCUUGGACCCCACACUGCUUCUAAGACAGAAGGCAAAGGUUUAAAGAAAUGAAAGAAAUGAGAAAAGGGGGGUUCCGGGAAACCCGGGAAGACACAAAAACUGGGCAAGAGCGCAGGCAGAGGAAGCAGGAAGCCAGGGAUUAGGCAGUAACCCCAACGUCUGCUGGGAAGGCUGGCCAAGCCCUUCUGGGGCACUUUUCUCCUUCGGGGGGGGUCCACCUGACAGCCAAGAAGCUGGAGCGUUUACAGCAGCCACAGCCAGGCAAACCCUCAGGGCAGGCAGGGAGGCGAAGCCGUCUCGAGGGUACCCGGCAGGUCUCAAAGCCGCCAGAGGUAGCGGGGUGCCUGCCUUAGGCACGGGCAAGAGAAGAACCCCAGCCAAGAAGGCUGCGCUCCCCCCAGGUCAUCCUCUGAGCCCGGCCAGCUCCGGGCCGCUGGGCUCUGGAAGAGAGCGAGGCUGCCCACCUUGCGCCGUCCCGCCGCCUCGUUUACAGCCAGUUUGAGGACUUCCGCCGCUCUUGCGGGGCUCUGGAUUCCAGCUGCAGACCAGCCGGCUUUGGGGCCCAAAAGUUUUCUUUUCCUCUUUAACCUCCAAGCGGGCGGUGGGAAGGCGACCGUCGAGGCUCUUCUCUGAAGACGAAAGUACUACGAAGGCGGGUUCCAACAAUGAAGGAGCCUUUAGGGAGCAGAGGCGGGCUCGGACCCCGGGAACAACGGGGGCCCGAGCUAGGGACUGCCUGGUGACUUUGAGAGUGAAAAGAACAGGAAAGUCCCUCCGCCAGUGCAGGCUGCCCCGCUGGAGGCCAACCUCCCUCCUCGGGCUGCUUCAUCUUCAGCAGCAGCCCACCGCUCCGUCCUGGGGCUAGGAGCGCUCCCGGAGCCUCCCCGCCCCUUCCUCCCUAUCCGAGCCACUUUCAGCUCCAGCCCCAGAGCCCGAGGAAGGUACCUCCAUUUACCUGCUGGAGGCCUCGAGAUGCUGAGGGGGCGGCCCCGCCCCUGGGAGGGGGAGGAGGAGGAGGCGGGCGGACAGGGGCGGGGCCGGGCUCAGGCGGCUGCGGGGCGGGGCCGGACGGGGGGCCCGGGAGUACCCGGAGUCUGGCUGCAGAGGAAGAGGUUUGGUCCUGGCCAGCCUCUGGCGCAGGUAGCUGCUCGGGGCAGGGGUCCGGGAGGAGGCGGAGCCGGAGCUGGAGCCGGAGGCGAGGGUGGGGGCCGGCCCGGACGCACUAUUGCCAUCCCGAGAGCAGGGGAGGAAGAAGUAGGCGCCCCGGGAUCCUGCGGCCGCUGGCGGACUGGGGAGCGGCUAGGCGUCCCGGCUCUUCCUCUGCUCCCCGAGGCCCUCUGAUGCCCGGCGGGCCCGCGGGGGACUGACCGGCCCCCGGGCCCCGACGAGGGACUCUGCGCAUCCCGGGCUGCCGGUGAGCUGACGUCAGAUGCAGAGCCUGAAAAGAAACUGAGCCUCCACCAUCAUGGAGCAGCCUUUGACUGUGAGCUCUCUGAAGAAGCUGGCGGCGGGGCCGGACCACACGGACGUGUCGCUGAGCCCGGAGGAGCGAGUGCGGGCGCUGAGCAAGCUGGGCCGCAACGUGUCCAUCAACGAGGACAUCACGCCGCGCCGCUACUUCCGCUCCGGGGUGGAGAUGGAGCGCAUGGCAGCUGUGUACCUGGAGGAGGGGAACCUGGAGAACGCCUUCGUGCUCUACCACAAGUUCAUCACCCUGUUCGUGGAGAAGCUGCCCGGCCACCGCGACUACCAGCAAUGCGCCAUCCCGGAGAAGCAGGACAUCAUGAAGAAACUCAAGGAGGUCGCCUUCCCGAGGACGGACGAGCUGAAAAAGGAUCUUUUAAGGAAAUAUAGCGUAGAGUACCAAGAAUGCUUGCAAAGCCAAGACCGCUACAACGCCGACUUCCCCCAGAGGCUAGAGCAGCAGCGCCUUAUCGAGGCGGAGAAGAGGCGUAUCGCCCAGAUGCGGCAGCAGCAGCUGGAGACCGAGCAAUUCCAGUUCUUUGAGGACCAGCUCAAGAAGCAGGAGCUGGCGCGGGACCAGCUGCGCGGCCCCGACGCCCCGGCCAUGCUAGCCGAACAGAUCGACGGCAACGCGCUGCCCUGCUUCCCGCGGCGGCCCGGUGUCUGCCCCGACCAGUCCCCGAAGAGUGACCCGGGCCAGUCCCCGCCGGUCACCAGAGCCCUGAAGCCCGCUGCCACGCUGAGCGCCGUGCACAACCUGGUGGUGGAGGGUCUUCGAUGUGUCCUGUUGCCCAGGGAUCUUUGCCCCCGCUUCCUGCUGCUGGCUGAGUCAAACACAGUGAGGGGGAUAGAAACCUGUGGAAUUCUCUGUGGAAAACUGACCCAUAAUGAGUUUGCCAUCACCCACGUUAUUGUGCCAAAGCAGUCAGCUGGCCCAGACUACUGUGACGUAGCCAACGUGGAAGAGCUCUUCAGCGUCCAGGACCAGCACAGCCUUCUGACCCUGGGAUGGAUCCAUACACACCCAACGCAGACGGCAUUCCUGUCGAGUGUGGACCUUCACACCCACUGCUCCUACCAGCUCAUGCUGCCAGAGGCCAUCGCUAUAGUCUGUGCACCCAAACAUAAGGACACCGGUGUCUUCAGGCUCACCAAUGCAGGCAUGCUGGAGGUCUCUGCUUGUAAAAAGAAGGGCUUCCAUCCUCAUACCAAGGAUCCCAGGCUCUUCAGUGUAAGUAGAGGAUCGGAUCCUUUCUGGAGGCUAGAGUGCCAGGAAGCCCUGGGUUCAAAUCCCACUAAGUGUCCCUAGUUAAAUGACUUUCCCUCUGUGUCUUAAGCAAAUCCCUCUAGAACUUACCUGCUGAAGCAAAGACAAUUUGCAGUCUGUUAUAGUGGAGAUGUUCACCUGGGAGCUUAAACUAAGCUCCCUUGUGUGGUGAGCAAUUCAAUAUGGCACCAUCAUUGCUGUUGAAUGGGUGGCAUCAUUCACAGUGACGCAGCCCUUUGCCUCAUGUCUCCCAUCAUGGGUUUCUGACCUAGUGGCCCCCAGUGAGUCAGUUCUAGGCCUACUCUUCCACCACCCUGGCGCAGUGUUGGUGGUUGGCUUCAUGGAAACAUGCCACUAGGUGAAGUACCAUAACAGAGGAGGGUUAGUUCCGUGGUGAGGCUAUAGCAGAUUACAUGGGAGGGAGGGGGGGGGGGAUGUAUUCAUAAUGUGAAAAAUGCUUCCUUGGUGUCAUGAAGAUAAAAGCAGAUUGCUCCCGGACGCCAUUUCCUCUUUUUUCUUCUUCUUCCUGCUUUGGAGUAAUGUUGAGCAGCCUUCCCAUAGAACCCAAGAGCCAUUUACCUAUCAGAUUCCUGGAGGUCUGGAUGCUGCCAGUCCACCCACACCAUCUGAGAAAAGGCACAGAAUUUGCAUCAAUCUUAAGUGUAUCAUAGUGGGGAGAGAGCUGGCCUCCUAGCUAGGAAGUCCUGGGUUCCAGUCUUGCCUCUAACUCCCACUGGCUGGGUGACCCUGGGUGCUCUAGACCUUUCUCUAAGACCAGGAGGUCCAGAAAAGGUGCUGGCCUCGUUGGUAAAGGGAGUUCCUGGCCUGGAAGUUCCUUCAGCAAUAAAAUCACAGAUCCACCCCCAUGAUACUUUGCCACUAUAUUUUGGGUAGAAAUCCAUGUUUCUCCUGGCUGUAAGGAGGACACACACUCGCUCACUCCCCACCACCCUUCCCCCCCUGAGGAAAACCAGCCUGUUGGUGCCGCAUUCUUUAGUAUUAGAUUGAAACCCUGGCAGAUCCGGGGUUGGGGCCUGUCAACCUCUCACCAAUUGUUUUCUUGCCUAGACCUGCCAGCAUGUGGUGGACCAAGAUCGCAGCAUCACACUGCUGGAUCUCAGGUGAUCUCAGCCUGAGGAUGGAUGGACAGACGCGUCCAGGCAGAUGCCCAGCCCCUGUGGACACGCGGCUGCCAGACUUUCCCAAGAUGUCUCCAGAACUGACGUUUUAUAUUUGUACGUUUAGAUCAGAUGGUUUGGUAUUUAUUGUUCUCCGACAUUUUGCUCUUUUCUUUUGGGAAUGAUCCAACUCGAGGUGGAGCUGGUGGUAACGGUCAGUUGGAAUUCCCGCAGUGUACCCAGAAUAAUAAAUUGAGUGGCAAAUA